AAAGAAGGUGAUUAAAGGCAUUAGAAGUACCUUAAUUAGUGUUUUCCUGUUUGGGAGCAAGAGGCUGUAUUGCUACCACAUAUAUAGUUGCCAUAAACAUAUAUAUUUAUAAAGCAUAAUAGGGAAAUUCUGCAUAGGUAAAGAUCAGAGCAGAUGGGCAAAACUGGAAAUUAUUAGCAUGUUCUUUUACACAUUGAGCGUAUUUCAUGACAGCCACUCAUUUGCUGAACGCUUUCCUGCUUAUAUCUUCAUGACACACUUAUUUCGUAAGAUUACAAAUGAAAUUAUAAUCAGACAACCUCUAAUUUUUAAUUUAAAUUAUCUUUCAUUGAUUUUCCAACCAAGUAAAAUCUGUUGCAAAACGUAUUGAAACUGGUCUCAAAAAAACAAAUGUACCAAGUAUUGUGUUGCAUUUCACUCACUGCUGUAUCCUACUUCAGUUCUCUUACUCUUGGCCUCACCCAUUAAAUUGAUGCUUUUUAAAAGCAAGCACUUAAUAUUAUUAAUUAAACAAACCUACAAAUCCUUUAUUGAAAUAGGAAUGGUUAAUCAGCUGGUUAAAUCAAUACUGCUGCAUUAAUCUCAGCCAAAGUAUGUAGGUUUUCUGUCUGAUUACCUUGAGUCCAUUGUGACCAUCUUGGUAAAUCAGACAUAGGAGUAUGUCAUCAUUUUCAGACUUUAAAAAAGUCCAUAAGGGAACUUAUGGAACAUACGGGACACAUGGAAACUGUGUUAAAAAGGAAUAUUUUUGUUGUUUUUUUUCUAUAUUUUAAGUAUGCUUUUGCACAUGGCUCUCUUACUUUACUAUUUUAAUAAUUUCUCCUGUCAAGCUCCUUAUCAUAAAAGCAGUUGAAGAUUUUAGUGAUACAUGUAGACAAAAAUAUAUAACAAGAGCUAGAUAAGGACCUAAGAAACCUAAAGUGGUGGCAAUAAUUGUUAUGAAUGUGUUACAAAUAAGAGCACAAAAGUGCAAAAAAGAUGAGUGUAAAAAUUGUCUCGCAGGCAGUGGUGUACCUGUGUUAGAUGUCUCCUUCCUGAGGAAUGUUUCUGGGAGUAAAGGCAACACUAUGGUUUACUUUUCUAACUUAGCUAUUUUUAAAUUUUUCUGUCAGUCAGGUCUCACUUGAACAUUUUUGAAUGCCAUUGGCCAGUUUUAAACAAAUGUGACAUAGGUACCAGUAAUUAUAACUCUUGCAGAUGCACUUAAAAUAGGGCAAAGAAGAGAAAAUGAAUCAGUACUCUAGUGAUUCACUGACAGGAUGAACCCAAUUUGUCUUUAGAAACUGAAAAUCUAUAGAGAAAAAUUCUCCUUAUAGGACGAAUUUUAAUAUGAGUGCAUCUGUUUUGAGAUACGAAAUAAUGCAAGCAUGAAACAGAAACCAUAGGAAAUAAUGAUUUACUGUUUGUGGAUGCUUUAAGUGUGGGGAAAUUUUGAAGGUAGCUGAUGUCUCAGGAGAAAGGUAUGCCUUACAGAGAAUUUAGAGGUCCUGUGGAAAGAGAAUAAUCCAUGUAACACAGGUUUGGUAUUUAGUCUAAUGGAAGUGAGGAGAUACAAUAGGAAACAAUGACAAAAUUUGGAGCAGCUAGUAAGUUACCUCCAACUUUUAGCCAUGACAGAGUAAUGCCAGGACAUUUUUUUAUUGUCUGAACAGUGAUCUGUCAGGAUCAUUUAUCUUCCUGACAAGCUAAUAUCAUCCUUUAAUUAUACUACCUGAUAUCUCAGCCUUUUAGAAAUAAUUUUCUGUACCACAGACUCCUGGGGUAGGGAGCUGCCAUCAUUCACUAGCAGAAAUAGGGCCAGAAAAGCACUCAGACUGAAUCUUCUGGUUUUGCUGCUGCCACACAACACUUAGCUCUCACUGACUCUCUUGCCUAGCUUGGAUUAGGAAGUAGAUCCCAAAGUGCUUGGCAACGCGAGUUAAACUCUUUUCAGUUUAUGUAUGAGUCUUUGAAGUUGAUGGAGAGCAUAUCUGAUAAUUCAGAAUCAACGAGUUUUGUCCAGGAGAAUAUGUACUUCAUACAGUGCUUUAGUGACCCAAGCCUACCAAUAACAUGAAUCACACUGACAUUACACUGCAUCUUUUAUCCCCAGCAGUAUGGAUUUCACCUGAUGCUGAAAAAGUAGUUACUAGAAGUGUCUCAUUUAGGAAAAUGCAGAUCUGCUUUCUUCAUUGCUACUGUCUUUGUGAGAGGUUAUAAUGCAGACAGAUCUGAAAAGUGAUUUUUUCUUCUGUAAAAACAGUUCAGAACCUAGAUCAAGACCAGAUUUGUACCUAAUGCAAGUUUUGCUACUUUAUCCCAUAUUUUUUUUUUACAAAUAUCUGCAAGGGACAAAUAGCUGUUAUGGCUCUUGCAUUUGUUAAUAGUUUCAUUUAAACUAUUCGCUAACCGAGAAAUAAUAGUGAUAAAAAUUUUCUCUUGGACCAAGUUGUCUGCCAAAGCAACCACCAUGGUCUUAAAUAGUUGGAAUAAGUCUUCAGAAUGCCUUCUGUAGUUAUCAUAGACUGAGCAACAGGGCUGUAAGAGGGUACAUGAACUUUUCCAAAUGUCAAAUCCUGAAGGAAGCUGUGAAAUGGCAUCUUUCAGUUCACCUCAGCAGACAAAGAAAAUCCAGACCUUUGAUGACCCCUGGUGAAUAAACUAAGCACUGCAUUUAAAUUAUAAGUCAAGACAUACUUGGAAGAACAGUUCAAUUAAUACUAUCAUGAAAAAACAAAGAAAAGCAGUAAGAAAAGGACACGUCCUUUCAUGAUAUGCCAAAGAAAACAGUUCUUCUGCAGCUGGACUAGCACCAAACCUGAGAUAUAUACAAGAUAUUACGCUAUCUUAAACAGGUUUAAGCUAAUGAACUUCCUGCAUCCCUGUUAAAAAAAAAAAUAAAUUAAAGAGUCAAGCUAUCAGAUGAAAAUUAUUUUACUGUACAAAUACCCUAUUUCUAUUAUGACUCAGAGAAGAGGAAUCUUUAAAUAGUACAGCAAUCACAAGGAGCUUUGUGAAUCCAGACACUUCCUGCACUGUGAGAUAUUGGUUAGGGCACUGAGGACAUUCCUGCUGUCCCUGUCCACCCCAGCUCUUUCUCUGUUAAGCCUGUGUUACAUUCUUCCUUUUGGAGUCAUAUAUUAAUGAUGACAAGUCCUUCGUCAAACAGACUCAAUGACUGUGCAUUCCUUGCACAAUAGCUAAAGGAGAUGUAGAGUUAUAGAAUUAUUUGUCUCUUUUUACUUAAAUAUACCAAUUUCUACAAUGACUAAAUAUGGAAUAUAAACUCCUCUUUAAAAGGAGAGCAUGAUGUAGGCUGUAACCUUGCAAACUGUUCUGCAUAGGCUGUAGUAAAGAAAGGUGUACCCAUUUGGAAUUUUUUAAACUAUGACUGAAAUGAUACUUUUUGGUUUGGUUUAUUUUAAAGAAAGAAGCUGAAAUCUGAGAAUUAAUUGUAUGUAACUGUUAUUUCAUCAAGGAAAUGCAUAUAAAGUUGAAAGUGUCUAACCUAAGUAAAAAGUAUGUCUAUCUUACAGCUAAAAUAAAUAACUUAUUAUAGGUAAGCAAUAUAUUUCAUUUCCAGUGAGUCCCAAGCUCAAGUAUUUUAUGUACAAUACAGUCCAGACGUAGACAUUUCUCAACCAUUCAUGUUUUUUUUUGCAAUGAAAUCUAGCACAUAUGUAGAAGACACAAGAUAACUGCAAACUUAAAGCUGAAGUGAAGGACUAUUUUUGCAAGAGAAUAAAAAGGGAAGCACUCAAUCACCAGAGUUUAGACAUAACAUUUUCAUUUACCAGUUGUAUAUUUUAUCAAUAAUAUUCAUACUGUUAAAGGGACUGAACAAUUUCAUAAUGUGUCAAUGGCAUCUUUGCAGGCAAUUCUGAGUGUCACACAUGGUUUAAAUUCCCUGUCUCUCUUCUCUGUUGUAUUAGAUUCCAGUCUAACAAAGCCAGACAAAUUUAUUUCUCACCAGAAAUUUCAGAAAUAUUAGAGAAAACUAAGUCUUUAUUGGAAAAUCAUGGAAUUAAUCAAUUUGUUUAGGAAAGCAGGACCUGGGAAAGGUGAAGGAUCACUUGCAGGUCCAGCAGAUGCUGCAAAAAGCAUGGAAGGUGUUGUUAUCUCCCACCCAGCAGCUCUUUUCAGGAGAAGGAAUGCAGGCAGAACUGGGAAAGAGAGCAUCCCUGAAAGGGAUGUGCAAAAGCAUAUUCCCUUCUAACUGCUGAACCGUAGAAAGGAGUGUCAAAGCAUGAGUUUCCCACAUUUCUUGAGGAAGCUAGGCUUGCCUUGCACCUUUCUUCUAAAUGUUCACCAGUUAAAGGAGGGCAGCUCCCAGGAACAAAAGAAUCUCAUAUUUCUGCCCAAACUUAUUAAAACACAGCAUUUUUGUCUCUAUCCUAGACAAAAAUGGAUUCAGAUUCAGAAAACAUUGACACCAAAAAUUAACAGUAAAGCCAGCCACAAACACAAAAUCAACUUUUCUCCAUCAGUCUAAUCUGCCAACUUUGAUUAACCUUCAGCUGUGUCCUUCAGCUGUGAGGGACAAUUCAAAGAUAACCUCUGAUGCUAUAUACAUGUCUUGGGCUGUCACUUGACAUUUUAGGUUAUAGUUUCAUGUGAUCCAACCCUAUGUGUAAAAGCGUUGCAAGGAAACUCUACCAAUGUUCUCCCAAACAAAUCAAUAACAUAAUAAGGGUGGGUGAGGAAACCUCUUGUGGUAUUUAAUGGUUGUUUUUUUCAUUCUGAAUCAGUACAUUACACAACUGAAAGCACUGACCUAAUAGCUAGCAGUGGUGCUGACAUAAUGAAAGGGGAAAAUAAGGGCCUCAGGAAAGUACCUCUUCAAUCUAAACACUAGAACUGUAUUAUCAUCUGGUAGGUGGUUUAGGAUAGAGAUGCACACUGAGAAUAUGUUGUCUGCAUAAUUAAUUUACAUGGAUAGGUAUUGAGUCACCUGAGGAUGACAACAAAAUCCGUGAAGAUACAGAUCUUUGAGGGUUUUCUCUACGAAUAGGAAAAACGUAAAAUACUUACAGAUACAUACAUAGGAAAAAACCAGAGGAAUCCAACCAGACAUCAUUACUGUCCUCACAAAAUAUUUAUCCACAUUUAAGUUAGAUAAGCACUGCAGCCCAAUGCCAUGAAGUAAGGCCCUGAAGACUGGGCAAUCUUUAACAAUAAGCACAUAUUUUUUAUAUUUGUAUCUGUCCACAUAUACAUUUUUUUCAUGCACCAAAUACACUGUGAUUUGACUUUUAUACACACUGUUCUUUAUUUAUAAACACUAAAUACUGUUUUCAACUUCUCUAAGAAACAAUUUCAUGCUUCUAGCAACAGGAAUUAAUAUAAUCUGAUUGCUCAAUAAGGCAGCAAUUACCAUUAAUAGAUGCUAGGCCUCUCUUACAGCUAUAGUUUUUCUGUUGCAACUUGACAGUAGGUUUAUUGAAUUAAAUGUGUCUAAGAUACAAACUAUUUGUAUCACUUCAUAUGACUUGUAUAGAUCAGUUUCAUUUUUUUUUCUGUAGCCCACUGUGAAAAAAACAAUAGUGUUGUCUCAAUUUCUUUUAUAGUGUGCUCUUCUUGGUGAAAAAAAGUAAAAUGUAAUAUUUCAAUCAUAUAAAAGACUCCUUUCUCUGAAACUUCUGGAGAAUCAAAGGUGGAAAAAACAUUAUUUUUGCAAAUGUAAAUCUAAUUAUCUUACCAAUUGCCACAAUUCAGGGCAGUGUGAUUUGGGCUGAUACUUAUAAGGAUGUAUAGGUGUAAGAAGUUUCAUUGCCUGAUCUCACAAACUGAAAGGAACACUUUCAGACUAAACCCCAUGUUUUUAAAAAUCUUUUGUAAAAAAUUCUAUUAAAAAAAUACCUUUUAUUUGGAUCACUUUUGAUGGCUCUUUUUCUUUUUUGUUCAAUUUGAAAAAUAAAAGCAGACCAGGCAGAUUCAUUUUUGUGUGCAUUUAUUUUAACAUGCUGUCUCACAUGCAGUAAUACAAUAUUGUGGCAUUUGAGCUGAAAUCCCCAGCAGAAAUAUGUUUACUUUCAAUGCAUUCUACUAUUACAAACUGUUUUUCAAACAUCUUAAAACAGUAAGUACAAUUUAUGAUUAAUCCCCUCGCAUCAUUGAAUAUCCUUUAAACUGACAAAGUGAGAAAGAUUCCUUGUCACUACUGUGAUAUACUUCAUUCUGAUUUAUGACUCUUUUCUCCCUCAUUAUUGACUGCACUUUCCCCUCUUGAUUGAAACUUGUACAGACUACUUUAAAAAGAUAAGAAAUUACUAUUGCAAAACUGCAAGAAUUAGUGGUGUGUUUCAGUUGCUGCUUGUAGUACUCAAAAGUACUUCAUGUGUUUUCCGUUUCUAUCCCUCUUUUUAAAGCCAGCUCUCUUUCAUGCCCUUCUUAAAGUAUUUGGAAUUUUUUUACAUACUGCCUAAAUGACAAGUUUUUGACCAGACAACCAGUGCAACUUAAUGAAUUUUGAGAUACUGUGAUAAGGUGAUUGCCUUAUUGUCAACUGCAACAUUCUGCUUGCAGCUCCAGGACAAAAUGAAAAGUCAACUGCAAGUCAUUCCAAGCUGAUCAGUGCAUUUGCAUGUGCAGAGCAAUACAGUCUCCUAUUAUGAGGUCAUUGCUCAUGCAGAAGGCACCUGAAUACUCACAUGCAUUCUUAGAAUACAGAUCAUAGUAGGUCUUGUAGUUCUCUAGGACAUUGUUAUUAUAUCCUUCAGUGAGAGAUCAUCACAUAUGUGUUGUUAUGUAAUGCAUGCCAAAUAUUAAGUCAGUGACUUCUAUACAUUAUCUCAAUGCUUUUCAGAAAUGAACAUUGAAAUCUGAAGAGAUUUUUUUCUGAAGCAGAAACAUUCUAGAGACGCAGAACACUAUUCCAGAUAGAUAUUUAUUUUGUAGGUUAUAAAGGCCUUGAGCAACCUGGUGUAGUGGGAGCUGUGCCUGCCCAGGGCAAGGGGUGGUUGGGACUAGAUGAUCUUUAAGGUCCCUUCCAACCCUUAACAUUCUAUGAUUCUAUGAUUCUAUUAUUUAGAAAAAGAUCUGAGUUCAACCUUAAGCCAGUAUGUAUAACAAUGCUUUAAAAAGGUCAGUUGCUGUCAGUCAGGGGUCUUUUUUCGUAAAUUUUAAACCUAAAAAUAUAUGGUAGAUUGUUAGAUUAGUUUGAGAAUCCACUACAGGAUGUAGACUGCAGAAUUACUCUGAUGCCAUAGGUAUAAUCUGUCAGUGAUGUACAUUGCAUUUAUCAAUAUUAAUUUGUAUAAAUUGCAGCUGCAAAAGUAUCAAGCAAAAGAAUCAUAAAAGAAUGGAAGGAUCUAAAGACUGAAGGUACAUCUGAUGGGUGGGGCUAAACAUCUUAUUUGAACCUGCCGUUAAAAAUCUUUAUCAGUGAAAAAGUAUCAUGUCUUAGCUUUUAGGUAAAAACCCAACCCAACUCAAUCCAACAAAAAAAACUAAAACAAGCAAACAAACAAAACCCCCACAAGCCAACCAACCAACCACAACAACAACAAAAGAAAAGAACCCACAAUCCGCCAACCCCCAAGUUCCAGAUUGCAGACUUUGAUGAAAAAUGUAAAUGUCUCUGAGGAAAAAAAACCAAACCCUUCCCUUUUUUUAUUAUUAAUUGUCAACAAGCUACAGUUGUGCUGUGUGCUACCUGCAGUUCUAUCAUCCUUACCAUCAAAUAUUUAUUGCAAAAGAUGUGCUUUAAUUUUAAAUGACCUAAUACAAAUUUGCUGUCUCAGUGUAAAGUCCUGCAGGACACAGGACACAGGCUGCUUUUAUCACCAUUUAGGUAGUAGGUUAAAAAUGCCUUGUCUCAAAUAGGAUUUACAUUUAGAUGGUCAAAUUCUAGUGCUGCUUCUUAACAAAAAAUGCACAAUUGUCUUAGUGAAGACAGUCUCACUCAUCAAAGAUUGCGCUACCAGUAUAUCUAUAUAUUUAUCGAUGUAUCUAUCUAUAGAUAUCUAUAUACUUGUCUAUAUUUAUCUAUAUUAAAUAUAUUAGUUGAUAACUUACUGUUAUGAGGGUUGACUGAAUGUAGUCUGAAAGUGGAAAUAUUUUUGUCAUCUUUCUUAACAGCUUUCCUACGCAUGGCCCUUCCUAUGUGCAUCUUUCAGUCCCAGCUAGAGCAGGGUGAUCCUCGCUGCAGAAUACCUUCUCAGUUGUCUGUCUGGAGUGCUAGCUCUUACAUACAGAACCCAGGGCAAAACUGGGUUUUGUUUACUGAAAAGCUAGUUACUACUGGAUUUAAAACAAAUGUCAUCCAAACUGCAGGUUAUAUUUAUAUUGUUGCCUUAAGAGAUCAUGGAGAAAAAAACUCCAGGCCAAUUUAGUAUAUAAGAUAAAGAGAGCAGCUCCUUUAGUUAGUCCUGAGGCCAGAGGAAUACACAUGACACACGCUCCCCAGACUGUGGUUUUAUGAUAAGGUCCAUCAAAUCCCAGAUUUGUGCACCCUUGGUUCUGCUCAAUUCAGCCCCCCAACACACCCCUUUGGGUUUGAGGUCUUUGGGACCCCUUCUUCCUCAUCUUCAUCUUCUUUGCGGCACAUACAGUCCUUGGAGCUUCUCCAGAGUUCUGGGCUUGAAGGUCACUGUGUCUGUGUGAUAUCUUCUGAUCCAGGCUUUUCUACAAUUCUACCUUGAAAAGAAGACUAAACACGCUAACAGAAUUUAGAGGGAUUGAUAUGGAAUGGGAUAAUAGGGUUGGAUAUGUGUAAACAUUAUGCUACAGGGUAAGGGAUAUAAAACAGCUACAUUAAAAUCUACAUUCACUACACAACUACUUCUAAAAACUACAGAAGUUAAAAAAUCCAAAAAGCUCUGAAGCAUCAAUAUUAUAUUUAGGUUAUAUUUAUGUUAUAUUUAGAACAGGCAGCUGGUACAACAUACAUGUUGUGACUGACUAAGAUCCCGUCCCUGCCUCAUUUUUCUAAAAGACUGCAGAGCUCAGUAAGUUUCUGUCAAUCCCAUAACAAAAGAGCCAAAGGCAUCUUGGCUGUAAUUAACUGUUCUCCUGUUUCAGGUCAGCAGAAGAAGAAGCAGUCCAAGAAAGAUACUUGUGCAGGAGGUCCAGUGUCCAAUUUAGAGAUGUCUGUACCUUCUGAAAGCCAAAGGAAAGGUGGCAAAAGCCUCUCAAAGUCAGGAGUAGUGUAAAAGAGAGCAGUGAGAUACCAGUACAAUUGCUUUGUUUCACUCUGCAGAGAAUACAACUAGAUCCCAAUCCCCCACCACCAUUUUGCCCUUGAGAAGAAUGAAAAUAUAAUUCUCCAUUCUUUUUCUUCUUUCCUCUGGUCUCCCUUAAAGGAAAAAAUAGUAUUUCCCCACCUUAUUGUACCUUUUAAUCUAGACAUUCUUACUAUUGCCUAAUUACUAGCAUUUUCCAAAACAACUAUUUUCUUUUAAUAAUUUAAUUUAAAUGGCUGCAGAAAUAUGCCAAAAAGGAACCUCAUACAGUUCAGAAAAAGAAAAUGCUGAAUGCUGCAUCUGGGGAGGAAUAACCCCAUGCACCAACACGUGGGUCAGCUGGGCAGGCAGCGGCCUGGCAGAGAAGGCCCCGGGGCGGCUGCGAGACACCGGGUGGGACAUGGGCCAGCUCUGUGUCCCUGCCCUCGGCUUCACCAGGCCUCACCUGGAGUGCUGUGCCUGCUCUGGGCUCUCCAGUCCAAGAGAGACGAGGAGCUACUGGAGAGAGCCCAGGGAAGGGCCACAAACACGGUGAAGGAACUGGAAUCUCUCUCCUAUGAGGAAAAGCUGCGAGAGCUGAGAUAGUUCAGCCUGGAGAAGGUGCAGGGGCACCAGACUCUCACCACAGGGCCUGACAAGCCUAAGGUUAAACUGGGGGGUUUAAGGCCACCAAAAGUGGCUGACAUGCCAUGAAACAGGGGCUUUCCCCCUCUGGGGUGUUCGCUGUCCUCACUAGGCAACAGCCGGGGUGCCACAGGCUCCUGCAGUCGGCACAUUUGGCCCUGGCCUCCUGCAAGUGCCACAGGCAGUGUGUGACCUCCAGCAGGACCGUGGCCCUGCGCUGGCAGCGCUGCCGCUGUGCAGAGACGUGGCCUGUGCGGGGGCUGCGGGUCCUGCACGGGGCUGUCCCAGCACCUCAGCUUGAGGAGGGCACCACUGAGGGCUCCCAGACAGCUCCUCCUUCCCUGACCGCCUCCUGCAGAGCAUGGCACCCGGAGCCGAAGAGGCUCUGCAGGAGAGCGGCUCGGCCACGACGGCCGGUACGAGCCAGAGGCAGUGGGAGGCAGUGGCAGAAGGCCUGUGCCCCAUCUGCCUGGACAACAUGGACGACACAGCCCACAUCAUCCCCUGCCUGCACACCUUCUGCUUCGGCUGCAUCCAGCAGUGGGCUGCCGUGCACGCCGUGUGCCCGCUCUGCCGGCAGCACUUCAGCCGCAUCCUGCACAUGGUGAGAGCGGACGACGACUACCAGGAGUGCGUGGUUGCCUCGUCCUCCCGCCAGCAGAGUCCCGCAGCCAGACAGAGGGUGCGCAGCAGAUCCCCACAGUGGCGCUACCACCUGCGCCCACGGCCCAACAACAAUCCCACUGCUGGGAGAAGGGGGCCGGCAGAGAGGGACUAAGGGAGGGCUCCAAGGAACUCCGACACCUCUGCCCCACAGACUGCAGGGGGAUGCUAAGCCAGCCCUGCCGAUGGACCUGUCAUCCACUUGGACUUGCUGAGAGCGCAGCUUAUGGCCUUCAUGCAACGUGAAUGAACAUCCAGAAUCUUUCCAGAGCGUGCAUCUUUCAAAACCACUUGGUACACUGCACAUGAAUCCACUAAUUGCUAUUCUUAUUAUUAGUCAUAGUAGCAUUGUUAUUGUUAUUGUUAAAAUUAUUAAAGUGUUCUUCUCUUAA